AUGAAUUUUUUUACUCUUUUCUUCCUGGUGGCCGUAGCCUUCGAGGCUGCUUUAGGCGAGUAUAUCAGGUCAUGUGGUCCAAGUGUCGUCGCUCCGCCAAUAGUCGCCCCUUCUUGCUGCGCCGCUGAUGUCGUCUUCUCUACACCCGCUAUAGCAGCACCGGCCAUCAUCCAGUCUAAUUCCGUGGCCUCUAGUUUGGCAGACACACUGUCUCUUCUAACAGUUAGCAGCUUGCUAGCAGAAAAGCUGCCGCUCGCUGGUACCGUUGUUGCCAAUGUACCGGUAACUGCGGGAUGCGGUUGCGGUUACGGAUACGGUCCAUACGGAUAUGUCCUG